AUGUUCAGCCAAAAGAUCACCAUGCGUUUGGGCUGCCAGAUGAACCUGCUCCACUUCCCUAUGGACAAGCAGAUGUGUUACAUAAAUAUGGGCAGCUACGGCUACACUGAUGACUAUCUCGUCUUCUAUUGGCGCAAUAACGACCCAGUCCUCAUAGAGGAAACGCUGCGCAUCUCUGAGUUCAACUCUCCAGAGGAAUGUACAGCAAAGGUAGGACCCAUAGGCAAAAAUUUUUCCCUUAACACCUUGAAUGUUGCCUCACUAGUGGUGCUCAAUAGUGAAAUUUAG